UGGGUUCAUAGUUCAUACUUUAAUUUAUGGCACAUCCUAAGUUAGAAGCUUUUUUCCAUUGCAGAGAGAAGACUCCCCCAGCCCCUGUGAGAGUCCAUAUUCAUAGUGAAUUGUUUACCUUCUUCACCGUUUAUACUUUCAUAUGAUGGUUCAGUCUGUUUGAGAAGUAGUCAAUCAAGAGAAAAGUUCUGUUUUUUUUUUCCUUGCAUUGCUGGUUGAUUGUCAUAAUGAAUACUAAGAAGAUUGAUGUAGUUCAGAAUCAAAACACUGGAUCAUUCAACUGUUAUUCUGGGAAAGGUAUUUUUUCCCGGCAGCCAUGGAAGAUGGGAUUUUGUUUCCAGCCUGAUCAGUUGCCGGCCUCAGAGGGAGGCUCCACCCAGCAGAUAAUCAACUUGGGGAGUACUCCUACCACCAUUGCUGGCCAUUUCGGGUGUCCAGCAGCUUCUGCCUUUUAUGCAACUGAAUUCUACAUGGGGUUUCCAGAAUGUGAUUCCUAUCCUGCUGAUUCAGUAACCUCAUCAUACCCAUCUUCUAAAUUUGAUCCAGCAGGUUCUCAAUCAAAGGAUACUCAGAACCUUCCCAGCUGUGAAAAUCAAAAUUCCACUAGAACCCCAUAUCGAAAUUCACAGGUUUGUGACAUCUUGUUCAUCAAGUCUGACGUUGAAGAUGCGCAGCCCUACAGAAUUCUUCGGGAAAAUCAGAAUCAAAGAAUUGAACCCAGCUCUAGAUUUCAACUAAGGAGGCAGCCUGCAAAUCCUUCUCAUAAUACUACUUCUUUCGCUUCAAACAAGACGCGGAUUAGAUGGACUCAAGAUCUUCACAAGCGAUUUGUUGAGUCUGUAAAUUGUCUAGGGGGAGCUGAAAAGGCAACUCCAAAGGGAAUCCUUAAGCUGAUGGGCUCUGAGGGACUGACCAUCUUCCAUGUCAAAAGUCACUUGCAGAAGUAUCGUAUUGCAAGGCACCAACCAGGAUCAACAGAAGAAAAUUCCGAGAAGAGAACUUGUGCAGAUGUCAUAACAAAGUUCGAUCCAGAAACAGGCUUGCGGAUAGCAGAAGGACUGCGAUUGCAACUAGAGGUCCAGAGGCAUCUCCAUGAACAAUUAGAGAUCCAAAGAAAUUUACAGCUGCAGAUUGAAGAACAAGGAAAGCAGCUGAAGAAGAUGCUGGACAGCAACAGAGACCAAAUAAGACCCUGAUUGAACUCCCUGAACCCCCCUGACUUGCAUACCAUAUAGUAAGAUAAGUUCUGAUGUAAAAGGACUUAGAAAUCACCCCAUUUGCCUCCCAGUAUUGUACGUCGAUCAUUUUGUUAAUUUCUAAGUCUAUAUACAUCUCCAUCAUCGAAUUUAUAACUGAUAAUCUAACACUGCGAUUUCUAAAUAAACUGAAGAGAAGCGAAUCGGGAAAAGAGCUUAUGCUCAUUGUUGUUUAAGAGCACAAGAAAA